AUUACCACUGAACAAUGCAAUGAGAAUCUGGGAAGAGUUUUAUGACAAUUAGAGGAGGUUGAAGCCGGCCUGUCUUCGUACUGUGAUAAUAUUUGCAUUUGAGUUAUUAUUUACUUCUAAAAAUAGUAUUACAUGAAUUUUAACAUUCUGCAUAAAUGAUGUAGGUUAGGUUUCAAGUUGUGCUCAUAAUAAAGUGAAAUAGUUUGUACAGUCUACGAAUGUUAGGUUACAAUUUGAGUUAGUAAAACAGUCUUAGGUAUCUGUAAGUGAUCCUCUUCCAAGUUUAAUUUGUCACCGCUGUUUGUAUGAAGUGGAUCGCUUCCAUGAAUUCAAGGAGAUAUGUGAGAAGGCCAAUACCACCUUACAACAAUGCUUUAAUAGACAAGAUAAUAUUAUGGAUCUUACAAAGCUGAUGGAAAUCAAGCAAGAAGUAUUUGAUGAAACAGUAUACCAUGAUGCUGUUGAUGACCCCUUAGAUGAGGAAGAAGAUGAAGUUGAUGAUAACAAUGACAGUUAUGGUGAUGAUAAUAUAGGUGAAGGUGAAGAAAAUUGUGUUGACAAUGACCAAGGAUCUCUACCCUGUCAUGACAGCAGAGACUGUGAUGAUGGUGGCACUUCUGUUGAUGUUAAGGACCAGAUCCCUGAAGGAGAGAACAAUUUUAAUGAUGAAAAUAGAGAUCAGAAUAUUGAGGAUGUGUCUUCCAUAACUGACAUGCCAUCCAAUGAAAUUCCUGGUGAAGAAAAGCAGGACACAACAGGUGUAGACAUUACAAAUCUUACACAACAAAUCAGCCCCAAGCACAAAAAUGCCGAAGUAAGACGAGCAAGAUAUUCCUGCCGCUUUUGUUCUAAACCCUUUGUAUAUCUCACAAGUUUACAGAAACAUGAAGCUGCGCCUCAUACUGGAAGAAACUGUAAGUUUUGCUUGAAACCAUUCUCAGAUAUGGCAAAACUCAAAAAACAUGAGAAAAUUUAUUGUAGACUGAAAAGUCAUGUAACCAAUAUUGAGAAGACAAAAAAAGAUGGACGUCAGCCUAAAGCGACAAAUGAGGCAGAGGUUUUUUCAUGCAAGUUCUGCUCCAGACAAUUCAAAAUUCGAGGCCACUGGUGGUGUCAUGAAAGAAUGUAUUGUGAUGCAAAUCCUAAUAGACUUACAGGCAGAUCCAAGACUAGUGUACUUACAGAAAGAAUGUAUAUCUGUAGGUACUGUUCUAAAUCAUUCAUUCAUCGUGGUAGCUGGUGGCGUCACGAGAAGUAUUAUUGUAACGUGAACCCAUCAUGUAAUGAAAGGAAAGUGAGUACAGAGCUAGGACCAGUAUCAAAAGAGGGAAAGACAGACCUUUAUAGCUGUCAUUAUUGUUCAAAGUGCUUCAUUCAUCGAGGUAGCUGGUGGCGUCAUGAGAAAACUCAUUCCGGAACUAAACCAUUUGCUUGCAAGUAUUGUCCCAAAGCUUUUGGGGGGAAACCUCAUCUCCUGAGGCAUGAACGUGUUCAUCUUGGGAUAAAACCUUUCUGCUGUGGAAUAUGUGGGAAGGCUUUCUCUGAUUCAUCUAACUUACGAAAUCAUGAGAAAAUCCAUGAUGGAUAUAAGUCUUUUCUGUGUUCAGUAUGUGGUAAGUCAUACUGUAACAAAGCUUUGUUGCUGAAGCAUGAACUUGUGCAUACAGGCAUCCGUGCACACAUUUGUGAGAUUUGUAGCAAAACAUUUGUUGAUGCAUCUGAUCUCAAGAAGCAUGUCAAGUGCCAUAAUGAGGUUCGUCCGUACCUGUGUUCUGAGUGUGGCAAGUCCUUCACGCAGAGCUGGCAGCUCAAAUCUCACAUUAACAUCCAUGCUGGACUGAAGCCCUAUACGUGCCAGAUAUGUCAGAAGGCAUUCAGCGAUUCAUCCAACUUCCGAUCACAUCAGAAACUGCACAUCUGUGGUCCACGCCCUUACCCAUGUCCACAGUGCCCAUUGUCAUUCUAUCAGAACUCACAGCUGAAGUAUCACAUGCGUGUACAUACAGGGGAAAAGCCUUUUAAAUGUCGCUUCUGUCCCAAAUCAUUCCGUAUUCGAGCCAAGCUACGAACUCAUGAAGAAAGUCAUGCCCUUGAGGCUGAGCCAGAACUCUCAGCAUCUGUGCCACAGAUGCAGCAAGAGGAAGUUAUAGUAGAAGUGAUUGCAGAAGAAGUGAUUGUAAGUACACCAAAUGUGCAACUACAAGAAGAACAGAAGUAGUAGCCUUAUCUUGAUGGACAGUGUAGGAGAGACCUGCAUCUUCAGCACUACUACAGAUAAAGUGAACCUUAAUGAAUGCAGACUGUCACUUCCUGUAGUGUUGAGUUUUUUCUCAUUAUACUCAGCAGCAACAAGUACCUGUAUGAGGGUAUAGUCGAAAGUAAUUGUAAUGAGAAGUUAUAAAAUAAUUCUUUGCUGUAAUCAAGACUUGUUAUAGCUGAUCACAAUCCUCAGAAAUGUGCACAGUAUAAAAAAACAUUUUUUGUUCAUGUCACAAUAAAUAACACAUCAAAUGUAAAUGAA